AUGUUGCAUCCGAAAUUGGGUCGCGUGAUGAACGUGGUCUACUACCAUUCCGUUGUCUUCGCCCUAAUGAGCACUACCCUAAGGAUACGCUCCUGCAGGAAAUGCCUACGCUUGGAGAAGGUCUCGCGAGCUUACACAACCUACAGCUUUUUUGUGGGUAUAUUCCUGUUUCUGAACUUGUACUUCAUGGUGCCCCGGAUCAUGGAAGAAGGCUACAUGAAGUACAACAUAGUCCUGCAGUGGAACUUUUUUGUGACGCUCUUCCUUCGAGCCAUCGCUGUGAUGAGCUGCUAUGGAACCCUGUGGCUAAAGCGCCACGAAAUCAUUCAGCUCUAUAAAUACUCGCUGAUAUAUUGGAAGAGGUUCGGACAAAUAAUGAAGGCCAUAGUGGAUAAGAAAGAACUCCUUGACCUACAAGCGUCCCUGGCCAGAAUAAUGGUCCGGAAAAUAAUAUUGCUCUAUAGCGCUUUUCUGUGCUCCACUGUGAUGCAGUAUCAAUUGCUCAGUGUAAUUAACCAACAGAUUUUACUGGCUUUCUGUGCCCGGCUCACGCACAUUCUGCACUUAUUGUGCGUGAAAAUGGGUUUCUUCGGAGUACUGGUUCUACUGAAUCAUCAGUUUUUGGUAAUCCAUCUGGCCAUAAACGCUCUUCAUGGUCGGCAAGCCCGAAAGAAAUGGAAAGCCUUGCGGUCCGUAGCCGACAUGCACCUGAAAACCCUUCGAUUAGCCAGAAGGAUCUUUGACAUGUUUGACAUCGCUAAUGCCACGGUGUUUAUCAACAUGUUUAUGACCGCAAUUAAUAUCCUCUAUCAUGCCGUCCAGUACAGCAAUAGCACCAUCAAGUCAAAUGGUUAUGGCAUCGUAUUUGGCAACGGAUUGAUCGUUUUCAACUUCUGGGGCACACUGGCGCUAAUGGAAAUGCUGGACAGGGUGGUGACCUCCUGCAACAACACUGGUCAGCAACUAAGGCAACUUAGCGAUCUACCGAAAGUGGGCUCAAAGAUGCAAAGGGAGUUGGACGUUUUUACCAUGCAGCUGAGGCGGAACCGAUUGGUCUACAAAAUAUGCGGAAUUGUGGAGCUGGACAAACCCGCCUGCCUUAAUUAUAUUGGCUCCAUUCUGAGCAAUGUCAUUAUCCUCAUGCAGUUCGAUUUGAGACGGCAAAGACAACCCAUCAAGGAUCGUCAAUAUCUCCUCCAUUUGAUCAAGAACAAAACAAAAAUGUAA